UAGUAAACAGAGCCUUCAGGUCACACAGAAAGUGUCAUCAUGUCAGACUGGUCAGCUCACCUGUAGAGUGGGUUUAUAAUGUUAUAAUGGGCGGACAUGUGUCCGGUGUGUCGCUGUGUGUUACAGACAAACUCACUCAGGUGGACUAGUCAGACAGGUUUGGACUGGAAGCUCUUUUGUUCACCUUUUCUUUUUGUUUUUUGAGGGCGAUGUAGUUUUUCUGCAGAGUUACCAUGAAGACAGUCACAGCGGUCGCGCUUCUACACCUGUGUUUCUGUGCGACAGCUGCAGUUUCGGUUAGUGACUCCACCGAUACGGAGCUGACAGCCACACCGGGCGACGUCGCUCUGCUUCCGUGUUACAACGUCGGUAACGUGACGCCGACUUUAACGGCGUGGGUGAAAAAUGGACGAGAGGUCAUCAGAGGUGCCGGUUCUUCACCGACUCCUUCACCUGCAGGACAGCGCCUCGCACUGCUGCAUGAUGGGAGUCUGAACAUCAGAGGAGUGAUACCUGGAGAUGAGGGGAUCUACCUGUGCAGCUCCACGUUGCCUGGCAACAACACCUUUCACGCACGUGUCCUGCUGCAAGUCACCAGUGGUCCAGAAAACGUGUCUAUGUCCAUCGGUCCGGCCAUUGCUCUGUCCAACGGGACGCUCAUCGUCUUUCGGGGUUCCAGCGUCUCCUUUAACUGCUCUGGCUCCUCCUACCCAUCUCAGCAGCUGACCUGGGCCUUCAGUGGAGCGUCGUCCAGCAACGAGUCGCUGGUUUCAGCUUCCAGAUCCUGGCUGGACUUCAGGAUAGAAGACGUUCAGCCAAGCGCUCAGGGAGUUUACAGCUGCAGGGUCCGCAACACCGUCUCUCAUCAGGCCGUCAAUAAGAGCACUCAGCUGCUAGUAUACUAUGUCCCAGACAGACACCCUGAGUGUAUGUGGGCACCAGCACAGGACCCCUCCCACGUCCAUUUCAACUGCACCUGGUUUGGAGCGUAUCCCACCCCGACGCUACGCUGGGGAGAAGACGAGGGAGAGCAAGGAGCUCGCUGGAAAGGACACGUUUAUGCAACGGAGGAGACGGAAAGCCUGUCAGUGACGCUGAACCGCUCGAUGCUGCACGAGGGGCAGACGCUGAGGUGCAUGGCCCAGCACCUUGCGCUCGCUGCGGGAAAAGAGAAGCCGUGUUCGUUUACUCUCAAAUCUCCGUACCCUGAAGGCAACCCGUUGGUCACGGCUCUGGAGGCGACCAGCGUGACUCUAUCCUGCUCCGAGUACGUGUCCGUCCCCCCUGCCAACACCACGUGGAGAAAAGGGCUCCAGCAGGAGGACAUUGUUCCCGGAUCGAAGUACGUCCUGUCUGAGGAAGGCCCCGUCUUCAAGCUGACCAUACACAACAUCAGCAAGGAUGACGAAGGCUACUACUUCUGCCGCAGCGAGAACCCCCUCGCCGUGCGCGAGCUGGAACUCUACCUCACUGUGAAGACUUCCUCUGCUUACACGGGAGCAACCAUCGGCGUCUUCAUAGCUGCAUUGAUCGUGGGAGCGGCCGCGAUCGUAGCUAAAACCGUUUACUCCAGCCGACACCGAAUUUGCCUGGGAGAUGGCUUUGGGCACAUGGAGGAGGACAGAGGAGACGUGCUGAGUCUGGUGGAGUCAGACGACGAGCAGCUCUUUCAGGACGCCGUUCCCCGGCUGCCUCCGUUAACCAACGGAAACCACACAACACUCGUCCAGAUACAUCGACUCCCAUCCAGUGAUCAUGAGGAUGCAGAAACUGCUGACACCAGCUCACAGCACCAGGACGAUACUGUACAGACAGAAGAGCCAGCGGAUCUUGUAACAUUUUAGGUACUGGGUGUUUUUUAGAUAAGUGUUUUAUUUUUAGGUAAAUACCAUUUACUCCCAAUGACGAUGUGAACAGAAUCGGUGGAAGACACAUGUAAAAACAAAAUCAUCUCUUUUAAUUUUUUUUUAACAGGGUUUUGAAUUUUUGUAAGCUUAUUUCUAUGAUUUGUUUGUACAGCAUUUUGAAUAUGUUGCUCUGAUAUUGAGAUUUUUGUGCAGUAAAUGAAGCUGUUUAAACUAAAUGUGAUGUGACAAUGGC